CGUUCCCAUAGAAACUGAUUUCCUACAACAAAAAUUGAUUAUUCUGGUGGUCGAGGUCGCGACUAGUGAAAACUGAAAUGACUGGUGUAUUUGCAAUGUAGGUAGUUCUGCAAUACGCAAAACUAAUUUAAGUUAAAAGGAGUGCAGCAGGAACUGCACUGGAAGACUGACAAACAUGUCUGACCUAGAUCCGGCUAUCAUAAAAAAGACCCAAAAUUCACUUGGCAAAUACGUGAAAAAACCCGCAUUAACAGAAAAACUACUGAAGAAGCCACCGUUUCGGUUUCUGCAUGACGUUAUCAAUGUGGUCAUCAGAGAAACAAAUUUUCUGCAGGGUUUGUACACCCUAGAGGAACUUAACUCGGACAAUUUCAAAGAGCGUGAAGCAAAAAUAGCCUAUCUCCAGAAGUUAAUUGAUGCAACCAAGGCCAUAACCGGGAAAGAGUUAAAAGUACGACCGUCCAAAGUAAUCGCUGGUCUUGAGCCAGAGAAAACAAACGAAUUACUGCAGGUAAUAGGCUAUGCACUAGAGAAAAAGUUGAGCAGUUCCAGUGUCGUACAAAGUUAUCACGACAAAAAGGCAAAGGAAACCAACGGAGAAGAAGUUAUUCCAGUUGUAAACGGAAGCAAAACGAGUGGUGAGAAAAGCGACGUAAAGAAAAGUAAGGAUAAGGCGAAGGAAAAAGCAUACGAAAAAGAUAAACCAAGAGAUACUGAAAAAGAUAAAUCGAGAUCUAAACCUAAACGAGCAGAAGUUCCAGAAGAUGCUAGAAAGGAAGAAACAAAGUCAAAAAAAGAAAAACCUGAGAAGAGAACAAAAGAGAAAGAUAAAUCAAAUCAUAACAAAAAAGACGACAAGCAUAAGACAGACAAAGAAGACGCAAAACCAUCUGGUGAAAGAAAAAAACUGGAAAAGUCUAAAUCCAAGGAGAAGGAGAAAAGUUUGAAACGGGCAGACUCAAUUAAAAAUGAGCCUGUGCAACUGAACACUAUUGAUCCUCUGGGCGCGGAGAACGACAGCAAAGAUUCGCUCAAGGAAAACGAGAGCGGCGAAGCAAACGGAAAAGUGGCAUCGCCUGCCGAAGAUGAACUGGUGGCUGUUAUCGAUGAGGAGGCCGAGUUGCGUCGUAUUGAGCGCAAUUCCAGUCGAAGGUCGUCGUUGAAAAAGCAGGGUAGCUUGACACCGAGCGAGAACAAUGUGCUGGGAGAUCUCAACCAGUACAAUGGUUUAGAUAUUCAGGAUCAGAGUCGUCAAAUCAGUAGUGCGCUGGGGGAUGUCGUUACGCGACAUGAUUCGGACCCGGUUGAACCCGUUACAAUUGAAAAACUAUCGGCCAAACCUCCGAUACAUCGACAACAAUCUGUGGACAGUGUAAUGCGGCCAAGAACUAGCUUAAGACCUCCGAGUGUACGGCCUCCUUCAGCUAGACCUGGGGCUCCCAGAAGAAAGGAGAAAAAUGUUGAGAUUGUUUUGCAACCCAACGAAACAACUAAGUUGGGUGAAAUCAACGUGAAAAUGGAAGUUUUCAACAAUGAACUACUGGAUGAUGAUGGUGAAAAUUUGGUAGUGAUUGAAGAUUCCACAGUCAUGGGUGAUGAUGAUGAUGGCUUGAGCAAAAGUGUAGACGAAGGAGGUAAAGAGCUGCAAGAGCAGGGUCAUCUUGUGCGGCAAAUUCUAGAAACGCAGAAAGAAUUUUCGAACAUCGCUGGUGAAGACGGAAAGGCUGAAGUUGCGAAAAAAGUUGAGAUGGAAUGGUCUAGUAAUCAGCGACAAUCUUCAUCUAAGCAAACGGAUAUACUACGGGAGUCAAUUCAAAAACUAACACGAUCAGUUAAUCCCCUUGGUAAACUAAUGGAUUUUCUUCAGGAAGACAUCGACUCGAUGGAGCGUGAAUUGACCAACUGGCAGCAAGUAUAUUCGCAGGCAGCCAUCGAGUUGAACAAGGAACGAAGUGCUAAUGAAAGCGCUAUCGAACCAUUGAAACACCAACUGGCUCAAAUUGAAGGAAACAUUCGAGAGUACCGGGAAAUGAUAGAUAUUACCCGGUGCAACAUUCUUCACAAUGAGCAGAAAAUUGAAAGGCUGUAUAUGACAGAGAUUUGAAGUGAAUUGUUUGAUUUGACUGUGUUGAUUUUUAUAACAAUAAAUUUUAUAAAUUAAUUACUACAGC